AUAUCUUAUUGUUUCUGAGUUAAAUUAAUUCUCAUUCAACAAGACCAUGGAAGAAGACAAGAAGAAGGUCGGUGAAGAGAGGGAAUCAAGUGUUCGAUACAGAGGUGUGAGGAGGCGGCCAUGGGGGAAAUUUGCAGCUGAGAUUCGAGACUCAAACAGGCGUGGAGCACGUGUUUGGCUAGGAACUUUCGACACUGCAGAAGAGGCUGCGCGAGCUUAUGACAGAGCCGCCUUUGCAAUGAGGGGUGCCAAAGCCAUUCUCAACUUCCCUCAUGAACAUAUACAACCUAAUGCCAGUUCUCCUCCUUGUUCAUCAUCAUCUUCAUCUUCUUCAAAAGAACCAGGAAAAGAAGUUUUCGAGUUCGAGUGUUUGGAUGAUAAGCUACUAGAGGACCUUCUUGAUUUUGACAAGACAAGCAAGAAGAAGAAUGAAUCUUGAUAUUUUCACAGGUUCUUCUUCGUCCCCUGUAUUGAGCAUCAAUACAUCCUCUGUUUUGGG